UCGACGCAGGGGGCGCCUCUGGUAGUCUCAGUGGCACAGUCGGGGAAACCGAGGCCAGAGAGCGGGAGCGGUGAGGCCCGGCCUCCAGGCUGUCUCGUGGGCCUCUUCAGGGCCAUGGUCGCCAUCCUUGGGUGCCUAGGACGGGGCUCCAGCAUCGGGAGUGGUUUUCAGUGACAGCAGCAGGAGCCACCAUUGAUUUUACGUCCGCCGGGUGCUGAGCCCGGUGCUAACCCUCUACUGACGUCCUUUCUCUUCACCUUCACAGCAGCCCUGCGAGGCUCCCUGGUGCUGAGUCCUGUGAGCCUGCCUCCUGGAGUGCGUCCCUUCUGUCCACUACCACUGCCCCAUCCAAGUUCCUGUCAUCUCUUUGUUUAAUGACAGCAUGUAAUUCACAUACCGUGUAGUUCACCUAUGUGAGGAGAUUGUGGACUGGCACAACCCCUGCCAGUGAUGGGAAGUGAUGCUCGGUGGCAGCAGUGAAGCUCUCUGAGUAUGAUUCGAAUUGCAGCCUUAAAUGCCAGCUCUACAGUUGAGGAUGAUCAUGAAGGAAGCUUUAAAAGCCACAAAACACAGACCAAGGAGGCCCAGGAAGCAGAGGCUUUUGCCUUGUAUCACAAGGCCCUGGACCUCCAGAAACAUGACCGGUUUGAGGAGUCAGCCAAGGCCUACCAUGAACUCCUGGAGGCACGCCUGCUGCGAGAGGCAGUUUCGUCUGGUGAUGAGAAAGAAGGGUUGAAGCACCCUGGGCUGAUGCUGAAAUAUUCCACAUAUAAGAACCUGGCCCAGCUGGCAGCCCAGCGAGAAGACCUGGAGACAGCCAUGGAAUUCUACUUGGAGGCAGUCAUGCUGGACUCCACGGAUGUCAACCUCUGGUAUAAAAUUGGACACGUGGCCCUGAGGCUCAUCCGGGUCCCCCUGGCUCGCCACGCUUUUGAGGAAGGGCUCCGGUGCAAUCCUGACCACUGGCCCUGCUUGGACAACCUCAUCACUGUCCUGUACACCCUCAGUGAUUACACAACAUGUCUCUACUUCAUCUGCAAAGCUUUGGAGAAGGACUGCCGGUACAGCAAAGGACUGGUUCUCAAGGAAAAGAUCUUUGAAGAACAGCCUUGUCUCCGGAAGGACUCCCUCCGAAUGUUCCUUAAAUGUGACAUGUCAAUCCAUGAUGUGUCAGUGAGCGCAGCUGAGACGAAGGCCAUUGUAGAGGAGGCCCUGGGGCUGCGGAAGAAGAGGCAAGCGUUGACCGUGCGGGAGAAGGAGCCAGACUUGAAGUUGGUGCAGCCCAUCCCCUUCUUCACCUGGAAGUGUCUCGGGGAGAGUUUACUGGCCAUGUACAACCACCUCACCACCUGUGAGCCCUUGCGGCCCAGCCUCGGCAAGAGGAUCGACCUGUCUGACUAUCAGGACCCCAGCCAGCCUCUGGUGUCUUCUGUGGUGGUGGCACCUGUCAGCGUGAUCCAACCAAGCCCCAUCCCUGCCAAUCCAGCUGUGACUGUGGCAGAACCCGUGGUCUCCUAUGCCCCUGUGGCUGCAGCCAGCUUCCCACUGCAUAGUCCCAGCCUGCUGGAGACUGGUGUUCCUGCAGGUGAUGUUUCUGGGGGAGAUAAAUCCAAGAAAGGAGUAAAACGGAAGAAGAUUGCAGAAGAGAGUGGAGAGACCGCGAAGCGGCGUUCUGCCCGUGUACGAAACACUAAGUGCAAGAAAGAAGAGAAAGUAGACUUCCAGGAGCUUCUGAUGAAAUUCUUGCCAUCUAGGCUAAGAAAGCUGGACCCGGAGGAAGAAGAUGAUCCCUUUAAUACCUAUGAAGUCCAGUCAGAAGCCAAACUGCAAAGCUUCCCGAACAUUGGACCUCAUAGACUGUCGUUCGACUCAGCUACGUUCAUGGAGUCUGAGAAGCAGGAUGUGCAUGCAUUCCUACUGGAAAACCUGACCAAUGGGGGCAUUCUGGAGCUGAUGAUGCGCUACCUGAAGGGCAUGGGCCAUAAGUUCCUGCUGAGGUGGCCGCCGGGCCUGGCGGAGGUUGUGCUCAGCAUCUAUCACAGCUGGAGGAGGCACAGCACCAGCCUGCCCAACCCACUGCUGAGGGACUGCAGCAACAAGCACAUCAAGGAUAUGAUGCUGAUGUCUCUGUCCUGCAUGGAGCUCCAGCUGGACCAGUGGCUGCUGACCAAGGGCAGAAGCUCUGCAGUGUCUCCUCGGAGCUGCCCCGCUGGUGUGGUGAAUGGCAGGUUUGGGCCUGAUUUCCCAGGAACCCACUUCCUGGGUGACCUCCUGCAGCUAUCAUUUGCCUCAUCCCAGCGGGACCUGUUUGAGGAUGGCUGGCUGGAGUUUGUGGUCCGUGUUUAUUGGUUGAAGGCUCGGUUCCUGGCAUUGCAGGGAGACAUGGAGCAGGCCCUGGAGAACUAUGACAUCUGCACAGAAAUGCUCCAGAGCUCCACUGCCAUCCAGGCUGAGGCAGGGAUUGAGCAAAGAGACCUCGUCAUCCGCCUGCCCAACCUCUACAAUGACUCUGUCGUUUCCCUGGAGGAGAUUGAUAAGAACCUGAAGUCGCUGGAGCGGUGCCAGUCCCUGGAGGAGAUUCAGCGGCUGUACGAGGCUGGUGACUACAAAGCCGUUGUGCAUCUGCUCCGCCCAACCUUGUGUACCAGUGGAUUUGACCGAGCCAAACACCUGGAGUUUAUGACUUCCAUUCCAGAGAGACCAGCCCAGCUGCUGCUGCUGCAGGACUCCUUGCUCCGGUUGAAGGACCACCGGCAGUGUUUUGAGUGCUCCGACGUGGCUCUGCACGAGGCCGUCCAGCAGAUGGUGAAUGCGAGUGAGUCCGCAGCCAAGGAAGAGUGGGUGGCCACGGUGACCCAGCUACUGCUGGGCAUCGAGCAGGCACUCUCGGCUGACAGCAGUGGCAGCAUCCUGAAGGAAUCAUCGUCCUCCACUGGCCUCACCCGGCUCACCAACAACCUCAUCCAGGUCAUUGACUGCAGCAUGGCCGUCCAAGAGGAGCCCAAGGAGCCCCAUGUCUCCUCAGUGCUGCCCUGGAUCAUCCUGCAUCGAAUCAUCUGGCAGGAAGAGGACACCUUCCACUCCCUGUGUCACCAGCAACAGCUUCAGAACCCAACGGAUGAAGUGAUGGCUGAGACGCCCAUGCUCCCAUCCUCCCUCAUGCUGCUCAACACUGCCCACGAGUAUUUGGGGAGAAGGUCCUGGUGCUGCAAUUCCGAUGGGGCUCUACUGCGAUUCUAUGUACGCGUUCUCCAGAAGGAACUUGCUGCAUCCACCUCUGAAGACACGCACCCCUACAAGGAGGAGUUGGAGACCGCCUUGGAACAGUGCUUCUACUGCCUGUACAGCUUCCCUAGCAAGAAGAGCAAGGCCAGGUACCUGGAGGAGCACUCAGCCCAGCAGGUGGACCUUAUAUGGGAGGACGCUCUGUUUAUGUUUGAGUAUUUUAAGCCCAAGACCCUUCCUGAAUUUGACAGCUACAAGACCAGCACUGUGUCUGCUGACUUGGCCAACCUUCUGAAGAGGAUCGCCACCAUUGUGCCCCGCACAGAAAGGCCGGCCCUGAACCUGGACAAAGUCUCUGCCUACAUUGAGGGCACCUCGGCCGAGGUGCCCUGCCUUCCAGAAGGGGCCGACCCCUCCCCUCCGGUGGUGAAUGAGCUCUACUACCUCCUGGCUGAUUACCAUUUCAAAAACAAGGAGCAGUCUAAGGCUAUCAAGUUCUACAUGCAUGACAUCUGCAUCUGCCCCAACAGGUUUGAUUCCUGGGCAGGCAUGGCCCUGGCCCGGGCCAGUCGCAUUCAGGACAAACUGAACUCCAAUGAGCUGAAGAGUGAUGGUCCCAUCUGGAAGCACGCCACACCUGUCCUGAACUGUUUCCGGCGGGCCCUGGAGAUCGACAGCUCCAACCUGUCCCUGUGGAUUGAGUAUGGCACCAUGUCCUAUGCCUUGCACUCCUUUGCCUCGCGCCAGCUGAAGCAGUGGAGAGCUGAGCUGCCCCCUGAGCUCGUACAGCAGAUGGAGGGCCGGCGCGACAGCAUGCUGGAGACAGCCAGGCACUGUUUCACGUCGGCGGCCCGCUGUGAGGGCGACGGUGAUGAGGAAGAGUGGCUCAUCCACUACAUGCUGGGCAAGGUCGCCGAGAAGCAGCAGCAGCCUCCUGCUGUUUACCUGCUGCACUACAGACAGGCUGGCCACUACUUGCACGAAGAGGCUGCCCGCUACCCCAAGAAGAUCCACUACCACAACCCACCUGAGUUGGCCAUGGAGGCCCUGGAGGUGUACUUCCGGCUCCACGCUUCCAUCUUGAAGCUCCUGGGGAAGCCCGACUCUGGGGUCAGUGCAGAGGUCCUGGUCAACUUCAUGAAGGAGGCUGCAGAAGGACCCUUUGCCAGGGGCGAGGAGAAGAACACGCCCAAAGCUUCAGAGAAAGAGAAGGCCUGCCUGGUGGAUGAGGACUCCCACUCUUCAGCUGGGACACUGCCGGGCCCCGGAGCCUCCCUCCCCUCCUCCUCUGGCCCAGGUCUGACAUCCCCACCUUACACAGCUACUCCGAUUGACCACGAUUACGUCAAAUGUAAAAAACCCCACCAGCAGGCGACGCCGGACGGGAAAACUGAGGAGUCCUUGGAGAGCACGGAAGGCUUCCGGGCCACAGAGCAAGGCAGCCAGAAGCCUGCUGCAGACCCCCCGGCCUCUGCCUGCAUUGCUGCCAAACCCCCAGCAUCUGCACCUGCCCUGUGGGACGGGAGGAAGAGAGCGGACACCCUGGGGGAGCCCACAGCCUUUCCCCAGGGGCUGCCGGCUGGGGCAGAAGAGCAGCGCCAGUUCCUCACCGAGCAGUGCAUUGCCUCCUUCCGCCUGUGCCUCAGCCGCUUCCCCCAGCACUAUAAGAGCCUCUACCGACUGGCCUUCCUCUACACCUACAGCAAGACCCACCGGAACCUCCAGUGGGCCCGCGACGUGUUGCUAGGCAGCGGUAUCCCGUGGCAACAACUGCAGCACAUGCCGGCACAGGGGCUCUUCUGCGAGAGGAACAAGACCAAUUUCUUCAACGGCAUCUGGCGGAUCCCCGUGGACGAGAUCGACCGGCCAGGCAGCUUUGCCUGGCACAUGAACCGCUCCAUUGUGCUGCUGCUCAAGGUGCUGGCCCAGCUCCGGGACCACAGCACCCUGCUGAAGGUGUCCUCCAUGCUGCAGCGGACCCCGGACCAGGGCAAGAAGUAUCUGCGAGAUGCUGACCGCCAGGUCCUGGCGCAGCGGGCCUUCAUCCUCACUGUGAAGGUGCUGGAGGACACCCUGAGCGAACUUGCAGAGGGGUCAGAACGCCCAGGGCCCAAGGCCUGUGGCCUCCCUGGAGGCAGGAUGACCACCGACGUCCCCCACAAGGCCAGUCCUGAGGACAGUCAAGAGGCCCUCCCCCACUCCAAGAAGCCCCCUCUGGCUGAUGGCUCAGGGCCAGCAGGCGAGCCAGGGGGCAAAGUGGGCCCCCUCAACCACCGGCCCGUGGCCAUGGAGGCAGGAGACAGUGCAGACCAGUCUGGGGAGCGAAAAGACAGGGAGAGCCCCCGGGCAGGGCCUACCGAGCCCAUGGACACGGGUGAGGCCACCACUCGCUGCUCAGACUCCGAACGGGCGCCGCCCCCGCAGCCAGGCCGACCCCCCAGGGACCGGGGCCCCGAGAGCCGGCCCACUGAGCUGUCUCUGGAGGAGCUGAGCAUCAGUGCCCGCCAGCAGCCCAGCCCGCUCACACCAGCCCAGCCAGCCCCAGCCACCACCCCUGCUGCCACCACCGGGGCCAGAGUGGGCAGUCACCCCGAGGAGCCACCCACACGGCCCAGCAGGAAGAGGAAGCUCCUAGAGGACACAGAGUCGGGCAAGACGCUCCUGCUGGACGCCUACCGAGUGUGGCAGCAGGGCCAGAAGGGCAUGGCCUACGACCUGGGCCGCAUCGAGAGGAUCAUGUCUGAGACCUACAUGCUCAUCAAGCAGGUGGACGAGGAGGCUGCACUGGAGCAGGCUGUGAAGUUCUGUCAGGUCCACCUUGGGGCUGCCGCCCAGAGACAGGCCGCAGGGGACACACCCACCACCCCAAAGCACCCCAAGGACAGCCGAGAAAACUUCUUCCCUGGGGCUGGGGCUCCCACGGUUCCUGACCCUGUGCCCGCUGACACUCUCCAGCGGCCCAGUGACACUCACAACAAGCCUCGCCCGGUGCCAGCUGCCACCACGGCUAUCAUCCCCUGCCCUCCCUCAGCGUCGGCCUCCAGUCCAGACCCUUCCAAAGACCCUGGGCACCCCCGGCCACACAGGGCAGAGGCCACCCCCAGCGUGACUUCCCUGGGCCCAGACGGAGAAGAGCUGGCCGGAGGGGCAGAGGGCACGGGCUUCACGCCCCAGGAGCCACUGCACGGUGAGCAGGUGAAGACUGUUCCUGACAGCCCCUCAGCAGAGCCGCACUGCUGGCCCCCAGAGGCUGCGCCCCGGACAGGCGCCGAGCCCACCUGCAGCCAGGUCACCAGCUCCAAGGUGCCCAGUGGUGCAAGUGCCCAGUCAUCCGAGGGCCCCCCCAACAAGGCAGAGCCCGGCCGGGCCAAGUCGCGCCUCCUCCCCAGCAUGCCAAAGCUGGUCAUCCCCUCGGCUGCCACCAAGUUCCCCCCUGAGAUCACCGUCACGCCGCCCACCCCGACCCUGCUCUCGCCCAAAGGCAGUAUCUCGGAGGAGACCAAGCAGAAGCUGAAGUCGGCCAUCCUAUCUGCCCAGUCAGCCGCCAACGUGAGGAAGGAGAGUCUGUGCCAGCCGGCCCUGGAGGUUCUGGAGACGUCAAGCCAGGAGUCCUCGCUGGAGAGUGAGACGGACGAGGAUGAUGACUACAUGGACAUCUAAAGUGUGGGGCCGUCCCUCCACCCCCUGGCCCGAGCCCCUCAGCCAUUCGGGGCCCAGGCAGAGCACCAUUCCCCACACAGACCCCAGUCCGCCCAGCCUCCCUCCCUUGCGGUAUCCUCCCCUCCCGCCUGGGCCGUGGUCUGUCCCCACCACAUGGGCUCCCGGAAGAGGCCGAGCUUGGCCACGUGAAGACAGCCGCAGUUCGCACAGCGGGGCUCGCAACCUUUUCUAUGAGACGUUGACUUUGUAUAACCGUGUCCACGCCCAGCCUAGGUGGCCGUGUCCACACCUUGAUGCCCAGAUGAGCCGGGCUUUGCCUGUGUCAUAGUGGAGGGGUCAUUUAGGGUUGGGCUCGCCCCACUCCCUUUUUCUGGUUUCUUUUCUAAUAAAGAUGGAACAGUU